AUGAUAACCCGCAGCCAAGCAAGGCUAAAAGCCUUAAAAUGGGCAUCUUUCCCUGCAGAGAGUCGCCUUAUGGUCUUGUCGAUAGUCGCGCACCAGAAACACCCUGGCUGGGCUUCGCUUACAUCUGUAUGCAGAGAAUGGCAGUACGUUCUAGAGAAGGUCAAUUUCUACAAGGUCAAGCUGAGAGUGUCUUGUCUCGACGACUUCGAAUACUUUAUUUCGCCACGAAAGAGAGAGAUGAUCCACCACAUUUGUUUCCACGUUGAACUGCCACGCUACACGUCUACAUGUUGUUCAAAACGAAGUUCACCAUCACAAAGGACCAGUUCUGUAGUCAGUGAUGGGAUAUGGAGACUUCUUUCUAUUCUCAGUACUUGGGAUCCAGCGGCUCACUUGGCAUUGGAGAUCAAUGUGUACUCCCCGAGCGACUGCGAACACUGGUUCAAGAACUUCUACUUGUCCACCGAUGAUGUUGAGCAUGAUGAGGACGCAACACCGGAUGCGUGGAAGGCUAUGACUCCGCAUCAUGACCUGCAACAUGGCUGGAUGCAUGGCCAAAGAGUUAAAGGUCCUCCAAGGUCGGCUGUACUACGGCUCUUCCGACCUAUCUAUCUAUUGUUCCACGAAACGUUAACCCGAGUUGAAGCAGUCACUUGUCUCAUUAUCCGUCGCCAACUUCGGCGUUGUAUUUCUCCUUGGGGACUGGGCCUGAUAAUUGGCGCACUUAAAGGUCUAGAGAGCAUCUCCUAUGAGCCGUGGGCGCCAUAUAGCGCUGCGGACAAAGAAUUUGAGGAUCUAGAUACCCUGAGGAGAUUAACGGUGUUUGAAGACGCCUACAAGUUUUACGAUCCAUUUCCCAAGCGGCCAGCCCGUGUAUUCUGGCUCGGUUUGGGUGAUCCUAGCGAAGGGCUUGGUGCAAUUUUUGCAUCUAAAAGUCUCAACCUUCAACACUUUGCCAUCUCCUUCAUGGUCAAUGCAGAAGAGGUCUUUCGACACUGCCAUUCGACGCGGAGCUGGUCGCAUCUACAAUCUUUGGCGCUUACAUCACAGCUCCUACAGGACGACCGGGGAAAAAGCAAGCAAAUCGAGGCUUUGCUAUGCCGAGCCAGUGUCCUCGCCCAGAAGAUGCCCAGGCUACACAAAUUUGUGCUCUGGAAUGGGGGAAAGGCACAUGCCUGUGCGUUUAUAUAUCGCAUUGACAGAGAGGAUGCCUCGGCUAUUUGGCGAGGAACGUGGCAUCUAGAGUUGAGUCCUCUUGUUGUCAAGUCGUGGCAACUCGCUGCCUCGUAG